UGAAAAAUGGCGGCCGAAAGUAAGAAGAACGAAGGAGAAGAAGAAAUGGAGACAGACUCACAAAUAACCUACACUCUGGAGGGAUUCAAGGAAGUAGAUGAAGUAGUGAGGAUCAUAGAGUCUAUUGGGGCUAUUUGUCAUCAGGAAAUACUGCUUGAAGCCGCAGCUGAAAGGCUUUUAGUCAUAGUUGAUCACUACCAAGAACAGCCUCAUCUGCUGGAUCCACAUCUUGAGAAUAUCAUGAGUAAGCUCUUGGACAUUGUUGURAAUGCUAAUAAUCCACCAAGAAUGGUCCACCAGGCUUUCAAAUAUAUCUACUACUUUACUAAGGUUCGUGGCUCAAAGUAUAUAGUUCGUUUAUUUUCUCAUGAAGUGACGGACAUAGAACCAUUGUUGGACAUGUUGAACCAGCAAGACUUGAAAGACCAUCAAACUUGGGAAACACGUUAUGUGCUGUUGCUAUGGUUAUCCAUUGCUUGUAUGAUACCUUUUGAUAUGUCAAGACUUGACGGAACGUUUGGUGCCGACAAAGGAGAAAGGAGAAGACCUGUAGUAGAUCRAAUUAUGGAUGCCGCCAAGAUAUAUUUAUGUGUUCCAGACAAAUCCAGAGAUGCAGCUGCUCUCUUGUUGUCCAAGUUCGUGACAAGACCUGAUGUGAAGAAGAAGAAGUUGGCUGAGUUUGUUGACUGGUGUUUGUGUUCCAUCAAUAAAGCUGAAGGUACUACAAUGACAGGAAUGCUAACGUUAACUGGUAUCCUAGCAACCCUGGCUUURAUUUUUAAAAAUGGAAAGAGAGAUGAUUUAAUGCCAUAUGCACCCAUUGUGUUGAAGCAAGUUACUUCAUGUAAUAUUAAUGACAUUAAUAACACUGUGUUAAGAAAGCUGAACAUCAAACUCAUCCAGCGCCUUGGACUCACUUUUCUCAGGCCACGUAUAGCAGCAUGGAGAUAUCAGAGAGGGAACAGGUCACUGAUUAUUAACUUGGAAAAAUCACAGAACAAAGAAAUACAACGCCUUGGACUCACUUUUCUCAGGCCACGUAUAGCAGCAUGGAGAUAUCAGAGAGGGAACAGGUCACUGAUUAUUAACUUGGAAAAAUCACAGAACAAAGAAAUACAAGUAGGACACGACGAAAAAUGGACACGUUUCUGCCUCAGAGGAUGUUUAGCUUUAGCAGAGCUGGGUCGUAGAGGUCUUCUUCUUCCACAACGACUACCAGAAGUUGUUCCUGUUGUUCUGAAAGCCCUUGCAUAUGAUGAACGGCGUGGUUCUUACAGUGUUGAACAAUUGUUGCUUGGGUUGAAGGAUAAAGAUACUGUGGUCAGGUGGUCUGCCGCCAAGGGUGUUGGUCGAAUCACUGGUCGCUUACCUAAAGAUCUUGCAGAUGAUGUUGUUGGUAGUGUGUUAGAGUUGUUUACACCAAAUGAGACAGAUGGAGCUUGGCAUGGAGGAUGUUUAGCUUUAGCAGAGCUGGGUCGUAGAGGUCUUCUUCUUCCACAACGACUACCAGAAGUUGUUCCUGUUGUUCUGAAAGCCCUGGCAUAUGAUGAACGGCGUGGUUCUUACAGUGUUGGUAGUCAUGUUCGUGAUGGUGCUUGUUAYGUGUGCUGGUCAUUUGCACGUGCAUAUGAUCCAAGGGAGAUGACAACCCACGUCAACCAGUUGGCAAGUGCUCUUGUUGUGGCUGCCUUGUUUGAUCGGGAGGUAAACUGCAGGCGAGCUGCUUCUGCAGCUUUUCAAGAGAAUGUAGGCAGGCAGGGUACAUUUCCUCAUGGAAUAGACAUCUUGACGGCAGCAGACUACCAUGCUGUUGGUAACAAGACYAAUACAUAUUUAAACCUGAGAUCAGUUACUGAUGUUGUCUCUGACAAGUGUCUCACAGACUUGAAGGACAUCGUACCCAAGUUGCACUCUGCCAAGUUGUUCAGGGGUCUUGGUGGUGAGUUUAUGAGACAAGCAGGUGGGUGCCAUUUUGCUUAUCAGUUCACUGCGGUCAGUAGCUGUAUGUUUGCUACAGCGCCUUAUACAGGUCCAUAG